AUGUUUGGGGGUGUAUUGUCUGUGCCUGUGAAUAAUCCUCACUUACGCAAAUCUGGAAGCAAACUCGUUAUCACUAAUCUUGGAGAAAAUGACUUGAAGAGUGCAAGUAUGUUUCUGAGUACAAUUGCUAAAUUGCGAACUCCUGUAUUCCUUCAAAGUCUCAAGGUUGCUAUAUAUAUUGGCGGUCUUUAUGUUUGUGGAAAGAUUGGAUGGGAAUCUGUGAUGAAAAUGGGAAUAGACACACGAGAACUGUUCUUCUAUGAGACAUUUCUGUAUUAUAAUCCUCUCCUUCUCAUUACAAUGAUGGUUUGGCUCUGGGGUGUUAAUUUGUGGGUUUUUUCUCGGUCUGGAGUCGAUUAUGCAGCAAUAUUUUAUCUAGGACCAGAUCAUCUUAGUCACAAAGAGAUAUGGAAGUGCGCUAGGUGGAUGACGACAAUAAUAUUGACUAGCAUGACCGCAUAUCUGUAUCUAUACUCGCAUGGAGAUGUAUCGUUGGCGGCAUCUCAACCAGUGGUUUUGUAUUUCUCAGCUGUGAUAAUUUUGAUAAUCCCUUUCGAUAUCUUCUACAUGUCGUCUCGCUACUACUUGCUUUGGACUAUUUGGCGAAUACUCUUCCCUGUGCAGACAGUGACUUUUUCGGACUUCUUUCUAGCUGAUAUCCUGACUUCUAUGUCGAAGGUCUUAUCUGAUCUGGAGCGUUCAGUAUGUCGUAUGGUCCAUCGUCAGGUAGCUACUGUUGCAUGGUUUGAAGCCGAUUCGGUUUGCGGGAGUCAUUCUGCUGCAAUUCCCUUGGUUCUUGUUCUACCUUAUCUUUUCCGGCUGUUCCAAUGCAUUCGUCAGUACAAAGAUAGCAAGGACGUUGCAAACAUCUGGAAUGCUGGGAAAUAUUUAACGGCAGUGCCUGUCAUCUUUCUUUCCGCCCUCAAGUAUUUUAUCAAUCAGGAUACAUGGACUUACUCCAUUCAGCCGGCGUGGAUCCUCUUUGGUCUAGCCAACACUUUCUUCUCCUUCUUUUGGGAUGUUUUACGCGAUUGGGAUCUAAGUGUCUUCACUCGGAUUUUCAAAUUCACCAAACCAAAUCUUUGCUCCCAUCUUCUCUGCGGACGCCGUUGGGUAUAUGUGUGGGUAAUCGGAAGCAAUCUAGUACUAAGGUGGACAUGGACGUAUAAGUUAUCAGCUCAUCUCCGUAACAACUACAUCACAGUCUUCAUCAUCACCGCCUUGGAGAUUUACAGGCGAUUCCAAUGGGCGUUUUUCCGUAUAGAGAAUGUGUGGAACAAAAUCAACAAUCCUAAGCGUACUACUCAUCAAUCUAAUCCGCUUUCACUCCAAAACGAUAACAACAGCGAACAGGAGAAAUUACUCGGUCAUAGUCACAGCCUCGGUGUAUAG